AUGCGGAUGAAAGGGUUGGCCUGUCCGUGCCCUGCCCUACCUAAGUUCUUGGAACUGGGGACCUGCUUAAUGGCUGAGGGUUCCCGGACUCAGGCGCCAGGUCAAGGGCCUCCUAUAAACAUCCAGUUUCUUCGUGCCCAGUAUGAAGGUCUGAGGAGACAGCAGAAGACCCAGGCCCACCUAAUGGUGCUCCCUAAAGAAGGGACCAUGCCUACUCCAGCUGAAUCGAUGACCAGUGCUGUUUGGAUCAACAAGGAGAGAAGGAGCUCACUGUCGCCAGAAGAAACUGACUCUGAGGCUGAGGGGAUGUUGGAGGAAGUGGACAGAAGCUGCCAUCAGGCUCCCGAAACUCCAUGGCACACUUACUUAGAGCUGCACCGCUUGGUUCAAACCUUCCAUCUGGAAGCUGGUCACCAAGGGAACCCCAAGGGAUACCUUGUGGAGCCAGAACCAAGGUUGUCUCCAGAGGGAGACACUGAUGUUUUGAAAAACAAUCAGAAGACACAGCAGGAAAUCAAAAUCCCAGAGGUAGCCCAGCAUCAAAGUCAGGAGGGCUGUGCCCCACUGCAGGCAGCAGGUUCUAAUGCUCAGUAUCUCUCCUCCACAAAGAAUCCACACAGGUCUGGAAAACCAGCUUACUAUCCAUUUCCCCAGAGGAAACCUCCCAGGAUCUCCCAAGCUGCCCGGAACCUGGGCUUAUAUGGCCCACCCUGA